GCAUAGAAGUAUAAGAUGAGAGAAUCAUGACGAAUUUGGAGUGGGAGUGUGGGACUUCGCAAUGAAUGACGGGGUAUGGCGACGUAUAUCUAGUAUGAAUUGUUUUCGAUUUUCUCUGCACGAAUAGUCGGGUCUAAUCCCGUAAUCAAUAAAUAUCUUAUUAACGUUUGGUGUUUCCACAAAUAAUUCAACAAAUUCAUUUAUACAAUCAUGAAUUACAAUCAUUCAAGUGCACGUCGAGGUAAACCGAAAAGGUUAUUAGACCCAUCUGCUGGUUUAUCUACGCAACCACCUAUACCGCAGAGUCCAUACAUGUAUAAUCAACAGCAAGUUCCUAUGAACAAUGGUAUGGUCCCAGAAUAUGGUUUUAAUGUACCAGAACAACAAACACCACCACCACCACCACCACCAUCAUAUGGAUUCAGUGCAGCGCCACCACCAAACUAUCUACCUAAUGAAACUUAUGGAGAAACCUAUCCAUCGCCACAAUUUGCAACACAAUUAUUGGCACAACCAAUAAUUACAGAUAUGGCUGUGCAAUAUGGAAAUGCUUUAGUGGGGACUGGGAAACAGCAAAUUGAAAGAUUUGUGCCAAUUACAGCUUUGAAAUACUAUUUUGCUGUUGAUACAGAUUAUGUCCUUACAAAAUUGGCUUUGUUGUUUUUUCCGUUCUCUCACAAAGACUGGUCUGUGAAGUACGAACAAGAUGUACCAUUGCAACCACGUUAUGAGAAAAAUGCACCUGAUAUGUAUAUACCGACAAUGGCGUUUCUAACAUAUGUAGUCUUGACUGGAUUAGUCCUAGGGGUUUACGAACGUUUUAAUAUAGAGCAGUUAGGUAUUGCUGCUAGUUCUGCUCUUGCAUGGGGUAUUAUGGAAUUAGUGGUACAUACUGUAAGUCUUUAUAUAAUGAAUCUUGAAACGAGUCUUUCAACUUUAGAUUUGCUGGUUUAUUGUGGUUAUAAAUAUGUUGGAAUUAAUGCAGCUCUUUUGGCUUCGUUAGUAUUUCGGAAACUUGGUUAUUACAUAGUCUUAUUGUACUUUAGUGGAUCUUUAGCAUUUUUCCUUAUGCGGUCAUUAAAAUUAAGGGUUAUUCCACAGACCCAUAGUUCAUAUACAGCUUCUGGUAACAAAAGAAGACUAUAUUUUAUAUUGUUUGUAGCAGGUAUUCAACCUGUAUUAAUGUGGUGGUUGUCAUACCAUUUCCUUUAAUUGAUAACUACAUACAAGAAUUGGAAAUAUGUUUACAAAACAUAUAUCUAUUUGAUUAUUCACGUCACCGCAUUUUUGUAAUAAAAAUAUUCAUCAAAAGGAUUUCUACUAAUUAAGGGACCCUGUUAUGUUUAGUAAUGUCUCUAUUUAUAAUAUUUGCUGAAAAGCGCAAUACGUAUCAUUCUUGUAUUUACGAAAAAGAAACACGAAAAAUCAUUAGUAACCUUUAUGAACCUCCUGUAUUUCUUAAUCCUAAAGUAGACGCGUAGAAAUAUGUGAAACUGAUAAGUUUUCGAUAAUAAAAUUCUGAAAUUAUUAUUUGA